AUGUGGCUGCUGAUUUUCUUAGUGUGGUUGGUGAUAUGGGCCGGCGGCACCUACUGGUACCUGUUUGGGAUACCGAGCCCUUUCUCCCUGGAGUCGCUGAGACCACCCGGUCCUCGAGAGCUCGACCAGAAGAAACGGGACAAGGUCAUCAAGCAAGGUUUCAACCUCGACAAGGUUCCUGACAAUCUGGACGUCAUCGUCAUCGGCAGCGGUAUCGGUGGACUGACGGCCGGCGCCACGCUGGCCAAAGCUGGGAAGAAAGUCCUGGUGCUGGAACAACACGACCAGGCCGGAGGCUGCUGCCACACCUACAUAGAGAAAGGCUUCGAGUUUGAUGUUGGGCUUCACUACAUCGGUCAGCUCCAUGAGAACAGUCUGCUGCGUAUCGCCUUCGACCAGAUCUCUGAGGGCCAGCUGGAGUUCCAACAGCUAAAUCCCCAUUUCGACACCAUCCAGAUCGGCCUGGGCGACGAGAAACGCGAGUACACCAUGAUGUCUGGUAAAACGGAGAUGAAAGCUCACCUCAUCAAGCAGUUUCCAGAUGAAGUCAAGGCCAUCGAGACUUUCUUCGACAUCAUGAAGACCUCCGCGAAGAAGACACACUACCUGGCAACGUUAAAGCUGAUCCCUCAGUGGGUGUCUUUACUCCUGCUGAAGUCGGGCAUCGCAAACCUCCUCUCCCCUGUCUUCCGCCUCUCUGGCACAGGCGCGACAGAUUUGGUGAACACGCUGACGAAAAACAAGGACCUCCACAUCAUGUUCUCGUACCUUUUCUACGGUGUGCCUCCAAAGGACUCCAGCAUUCUGAUCAAUGCCCUCCUGGUUCAUCACUACAAACGAGGCGCCUACUACCCCAAAGGUGGUGCCAGUGAAAUCGCCUUCCACAUCGUCCGCACCAUCCAGAAAUAUGGAGGGAACUGCCUGGUCAGAGCGCCAGUCUCCCAGAUCCUGGUGAAUGAGAAGGGAGCAGCUUAUGGCGUGAAAGUGAGGAAAGGUCAGGAGGAGGUGGAGGUUCACGCUCCUGUGGUCGUCUCUAACUGCGGAAUCUUCAACACCUUGGACAAGCUUCUUCCACCUGAGAUUCGGGUCAAACACGAUAUUCAGGAGCGACUGAACAUGAUGAAACACGCCAGAGGGUCGUUCUUGGUCUUCAGUGGCUUCGAUGGGACUGAGGAGGAGUUGGGCCUCGAGUCCACAAACUUCUGGCUGUUCAAAAACAACGAUAUGGACAAGUCGAUGGACGACUUCUUUGCACUGAGCAAAGAGGAAGCACCAGAUAACAUUCCCAUGAUGUUCAUCACAAUGCCGUCCUCUAAAGACCCAGAUGCCAAAAUCAGAAACCCAGGAAAAUCUUGUAUGACAAUUCUGACCAUGGCGAAAUAUGAAUGGUUCGAGGAAUGGAAGGACACGACUGUGCGUAAACGAGGCGACGAUUACUACGAAUACAAAAUGCGGUUUGCGAAAAACCUUUUCAACUGGGCCUGCACUCUGUUCCCCAAAAUCAGAGACAAGCUGGUUUUCCAGGAUGUGGCGACCCCUUUAACCAACAUGCACUACCUCGGUGCCCAACGUGGAGCCAUGUACUCCGCGGAGCAUAACCUCGAACGUUUCUAUGCGGAGGCCGUGGCGAGGAACAGGUGCAACACCCCUGUCAAAAACCUCUACCUCUCAGGCCAAGACGUGUUCAGCUGUGGGAUCGCAGGAGCUCUACAUGGCGGACUCCUCUGCGCCUCUUCGGUGUUAGAUCACAUCGUCUACCUCGACUUGCUCCUCCUUAAGAAGAAGCUGAAGAGGAGGAAAGCCAGAGAACUGGCCCAGCUCGCUGAGAAGAAACUGCAGUGAGUUCGCUUUGUGCUUCCCCUGCAGGACAUUAAUGGAACUGCACAAACCUGAUGCAGUGGGACCCUUGAUUAUGAUGGAGACACGCCUCCGCUGUAUGGCUGCAGUAUAGAUCAUAAACCCCGCCUCCUAAAUGUUAGCCAAAUCAAAGUCUUUUGCUCGAAGGUUUCUGUUCAGUUAGGUUGUUCUUAUCACACUGAUGUUUGUUCCGAUGUCAAUCUUCACUUUAAGUUUGGUUUUAAUUUGUUAUUUGACUCCAAAUUAUGAAAAAGAGCAAGAUAAAUUCUGGAUUCAUUUUUUUAUACAGC